UCCGAAAACUUUCAAAAAAAAAAAUGUGAAAAACUUUUGUCGCCAAAGCUAAAAGGAAAAAGCUUUGAUCUUUGAUGUAGAAAGAGAGAGCAGGCACAAUUGAUCCGUUGAUCUUUCGAAUCAAAGAGAGUAUCGAUUCGUUGAAUCACUUUUUGCUUUAUAUGCGGAAGAACCCUAGCUGAAUACGCUAUGGGAGAUUCCGCGUCUUCUUCAUAUGUUCACAAAUCUCUUGGUGGUGGCUCAGGCGAGUCUCUUUCCCUCACCAUUCUUGCUGAUUUGCUGCUAUGGAGAAACCGGACAGGUGCUGCCAUUUUGCUAGUCUCUUCUACUGUGUUUUGGUUUCUGUUCGAGAGAGCUGGUUACAAUCUCUUGUCUUUCGUCUCCAAUGUUCUGCUUCUUCUUGUCGCCAUCCUCUUCUUAUGGGCCAAGUCUGCUUCACUACUCAACCGACCUCUACCUCCAGUACCCAAUAUGGAAAUCCCUGAGGGGUUUGCAAUCAAGGCUGCUGAUGAUAUCCUGGUUUUGAUCAAUCACGUACUCUCAGUUGCAAGUGAUAUCACCAUUGCUAGAAAUCCAAUUCGUCUCCUUCAGGUUUUAUUUGUCUUGUGGGCUAUCUCCUAUGUUGGGACUUUAAUCAACUCCCUCACUCUUGUCUACAUUGUGAUUCUUCUCAGUCUUUCUCUUCCUGUUGUGUACGAGAAGUACCAAGAUCACAUCGAUGAUAAGCUGGAUUCAACUUCAAAAGUCAUUCGAAAUAUCUCGAGGAAGAUUCCAAUGCCCGUAAGCAAAGAAAAGAAGUAUCAGUAGUAGCUGCAGGUGGAAAAAAAACUGCCGGUUUGUUUCACCAGACUAAUUACAGCAGCUUUUUUUAACACACAAGAAAUUGCUAUGACUUGAUUGCUUGCUCGCUAUAAGAGGAUGAUCAAAGCAGCGGAGAAAAGUGAAAUCUCAGUACUACGGAUAUUUGUUCAUAUCUUUCUGAUUUGGCUUACUAUAUUUUGUUUUAUCAACUUCUUCUGUGUUCUAGAUUCAUGUGUUCUGGCUUUUUUUUUGUGUAUCUUUUAGCUUACACACAAAUGAUUUGUGGCAUUCUUGUAUUGCAGUAUAACCGAGAAGGAUAACUCUAAAACAAUUUGAGUGGGUUAUUUAAUCAUAAUUGCUGAUUUUAAAGAUUA